AUGCUGAAUCGGCUCUGCCUGCAAGGCCGCAAGGUGAAGGUGCACGUCAUUCGUGAGAAGCCCGGCCGAUCUCGCACGGAGCCAGUGAAGGGCAUUGGGAGCUUGAAGAUCCUCACGAUUGAGUCCACAACCGAUGUGAAGCGACUUCGCUUGGGAUGCCUGUGCGAGCACUUCAAUGUGGUGAUUGCAUCGACUGGCUUGUUGGGUUCAAUGAGGCACCUGGCUGACGUGAGGGAGACGCUGGAGAUGUGGCAGCCUGAAGACCCAGCAACAGGCAUGAUCAUGGCUGAGAAGCAGAGAGCCUUGCACGAUUGUGUUGAAAAGUGGCACGACAAAAGUCUCUUGCAAGCGGCUCUUUGCUCUGCACCGGUUCUGUUUGAAGCCAUCUGGUGGCGUCGGAUGGUGCUUGACGAGUUUCACGAGACGGAAUCCUGGAAGAUGUCGACACGCGAGGUGCUGAAGUCGAUAGGGGCCACCUACCGCUGGGGCCUCUCGGGCACGCCGCCUUUGAGUAACACGGAGUCCAUCAUGGAAGUUGCUGAGCUCCUGAACUAUGUCCGCAAAGAGGCUUCUCCUACCAUGGCUUUGGCUUUAGAAAACCGUCUGUCAAAGAACUUGAAGGCGGAGGCAGCGCAGCAAAAGCUGCGUGAGGAAUGCCAGGUCAUGAUCCAUGGCUUCGUCCGGCAGAGCUCUUCCAGCCUUGCUGAGGCUAUUGCCAUCAGAGAGCACCAUGAGUUCGUGGAGCACACGGCGGAAGAGCGACUGAUUUAUCGGCAAGCUUGCCACGACCACUUUGUCUUCGAUUUGGAGGCAGGCUAUGGGGAGGUCAGUGCGGAGGUGCGAAUGCAACUUCUACAGCGCUGUGCUCACUUCUGCCUCGACAUGAAUGCUGAGGAUGCAGCGGCGGCUGUGCGCUUGCUCGGCACCAGCAAGCGUGCCCGUAUCCAGGACUUGUGCCGUCAGCUGGAAAUUGAGGCCUCCCGGGCAUCUUUCUUGUCAUGCUGGCCGGAUGCACAAAGAGCCCUGACAGUGGACCUCCAACAUGCUGAGGCCAAGGAGUUCAUGACCAGGCUCUCCAGGUGCACUGCCGAAGAUUGGAUGUCCAAAGACCCAAGUCGGCAAUGCCUUGAAACGUGCAUCGACAUGCUGGACCAGCACGGUGAAAUUCGCCUACGGAUAGACGUGCGCCUGAAGCAGCCCGUGCGUGAUACAGAGGUCUACACGAGACAGGCAGAUCGCCAUGUCGUACUUCAUUCUGUUGUACGAGCUAAGCCAGCUGCGGGGUCAGAUGAGAUUCUUUCCGAAAUGGCAACUUGUUCGCUCACAUGUGGUCGCAACGUGCUCCAAAAUCUCAACAAGGCUUUCACAAGUGGCUUUCAGACGCUGGCAGGGCUCCUAGAUUCGGCACAUCGAAGCCUCGACUUCUACACAUGGCAGCUGCGAGGCAUCUCAGAUACGGAAGAGCUUAAAGACUACACUUGCUCGAUCUGCCUCGGUUCCGCAGAUGCCCUGGCAGAUCUUGUCAUGUUGCAGUGCUCACAUGUCUUCCACCGAUCUUGCGUGGUCCGUGCCUUGCAGCAGCAGGGCCGCUGUCCGCAGUGCCGCCAGCAGGCAUCUGGUCGCACGAUGUCUUCGGUUUUGCUUGAACUGCAAGAGGCCCCAGAGCCCGAGCGCAGACUUGAACAGCUAACGCCUGAGCUACGCAAGCAUGGGUCCAAGCUACAUGCCAUCGCACAAUGCCUCAGGAACAUCCGAGCCGAUGAUCCUACUGCCAAAGCCAUCGUCUUCGUGCAAUGGCAGGAGCUGGAGGACAGAGUGGCAGCCGCGCUGCAGACUCACCAACUUCCUGCCGAGCGGCUACCGCGCGGCAGGAACAAAGGUCGAGAGAUGUCCACCAUCAUGAAAAGAUUCUGCACAGCUCCCGACUGCUUUGUGCUCUUGCUUUCCUUGGACAAUGUGGCGUCGGGGACGAACCUCACUGAAGCAAGCCACGUCUUCUUUGUGCAUCCCAUGAAUGCAGACACACUGAGCACAGCAGUGGCAUAUGAGAAGCAGGCACUUGCUCGAGUCAGGCGCGUUGGUCAGAUGCGGAGCGAGGUUCAUGUUUGGCGCUUCGUUACACGCCAUACUGUCGAGGAACACAUACACGACCUGCACCAGAGACAGCAGGGAGCAGCAGAAGCUGCAUAA